ACACCCGUCUUUUUCAAAUUAGGGCAACUUGAUCGGUCAUUACGACCGUCGACAAUUGUUAAUGGGUGCUAUAAAUUCACUAAUAGAUACCCCAGGCGGUUAUUCUGUUCUUCAGAAGAAUUCAGAAGCUCGUCAUUGUCGUUUUUGUGGGUCUGCUUACAAUGAUGUUUGUACAAAAGAUAUUCACACGUCGCGUUUGGAAGAUCAUCAUCCUGCUGAGCUCUGUGGUAUUUGGCUGGGAAGAUUGUAUUCAAAUCAGAUGAAAGAGAUCCGUAUACAUGGCGACUUCACAGCUUUGUCUGCAUCUCAAUCACACUGUGCUGAAACUGAAGGUAAUUUUGAAUCAGUAGGAUCUCCACUGAUCACAUUACCAAAGCGUUCCUGCGCCCCAACACGGUCACACGUCGCAACGUUGCUUCGACAUUCUGACACCACAAAAAACCAAUCCACAUUAAAGGAUUUUUUUUCUACUAUGGAUAUUCGUAAUUCAAGUUUAGUUCAGUAUACAGAACUUGAAGGUUGUCAUAUUAACGGGUGUUUGUUCGUAGAACAUGGGAAUUUGGUUUUUCAAGCUGUAAGCAAGAGGUCACAUGUUCCAUUUCUGCUCAUUGAUCAACAAAUGCUGGGACCAACUAGCGACUGUGUUGCUCCAAUAUUUCAUCAAACUAAUAGAGAACGAUUCCUUGACAAUCCAAAACUGCAUUGUUCAAUUCAGCGUCCAUUACCGAUUUGUUCAUUUCUUGAAAAUGGUUCGCAUUUGGGGAAUUCAGAUACGGUUGGACAGAAAUGCUCAACUCCGCUAGUGGAUAAUCCUUAUGUAUCGACAAACAGGUACCCGGAAGAUGUCAAACCUCGUCUUCCACCACCACCUUUAAGAUUGUCAUGGCCGUUAGUCACUUUACGUCGUUUUGGCUUCUAUGGCAAUAGUUUAUUUAAAGUGGAAACAGGUAGACGGGCUCCACGCGGUGAAGGACUGUACUUAUUUCGUAUCAAACAUUUACGAGAAUUCAGAAAGUCAUUCGAGACAUGUGUUCAUCAACAUAGAGAUAAUCUAUCCGUUCAUCAUUUACCAACAGCUAUUUCUGAAAGUCGUUCAUUACUACGAAGUAAUAAUAAUGGAAAACUAUCAUUAAUUAUGCCAUUUAACAAAAUCUUUCAUAAACAAUCAUCAAUAUCUUUGAGUACUACACCUAUAUUACAUGAUUCGGUCAAUGAAAAAAUAAAUCGAAAUCUAUUCAAUGGACGAAAUGAUCAUCAUAAUAUAACUGAUAAUCAUGAUACAUUUCAACAUUAUAAUCGAUCAUAUCCUCCAAUUUUAUCAGAACGUAAUAAUUUGGCUUUUUCAUUUGAUGAUACAGAAAUUGAUCUACUUCAAAAUCAAACUAUAAAGUUGAUGAAUAAUAAUAAUAAGAUUCAACAAAAACAAGAACAUCACGAUCGAGUAUCAUCAAAUUGUUUACAUUGGCUUCGACUACAGAACUCAUCAAAUGAUUUUAGUAAUAAUGAAAAUAAUCAACACGAUAAUAAUAAUAAUAAUAAUAAUAAUAAUAAUAAUAAUAAUCACACAAACAAUGAUCAUUGUAAUAGACUGCAACAUAGUUUUAAAUAUUCUUGUCCACAAUUAACUGAUAUUGCAUCAAUUAAUCCAAUUAACUGUCAUGAUGAUACUACAACUACUAGGAGCAAUAUUGAUCAUCAAUGUCAUCAUGUCACUAGAGGAUAUUGUCAACGUAGUGGUGGUAAUUAUUUUUCUGUUCAUCGAUCAAAUAAUCAUCAUUCACAUUGUCUUGAUAAAGACACAAAGAAUGAUCCAGUUGUUGAUAUUGAUGAGUGUAUUGUUAAAGUUGAUGAAGAUGAUGAAAUAUCUAAUCUACCUGAAGCACCUCUACCACCUUUAUAUAACAACUCAUCUUAUUGUGAUAUCAUACAAGGACAAAGUGUAUGUUAUCAACGAAUUUAUGAUAAUUUAAUUGCUGUCAAUAAUGGGACUAAUGAUACUACUUCUAAUAAUGAUAACGAUAAUUGCUGUUGUAGUACAGUAAGGCGUUCAUUACCAUCAAUAACAACGCCAACAACACCCACAGUUUGUUUCCCUUAUCAACUAUCUAACGAAUACAGUGAUAGUAGUAAUAAUAAUAACAAUGUAGCAGAAAUUGAUAAAAAGAUGAAUGUAGAUGGACAAACACAGGUUGAGGGGGUUGAUCCUGUAGUAUUGGUAGUAGAAAGAGGUGAUUCAACACCAUCUUUUGGAGAACAAAAAUUAGCACAUAUCAAUGCUUGUAACAAUCCACCUGUUCUGUUGAAAAAAUCAUUGUCAUCGGAUGUAAAUCUACCAGAAAUGAUCGAUAAACCUAGUUCAAUUAUAUCAAACAAUUCUACAACAACAACUACUAAUUGUGAUAAUGAUAAUAAUAGUUUUAAUAACUCGAAAGAACAUGAUGUAAUGAGAAAGUUUAGAAACAAAUCUCAAACAUUAAUUCUACCAAGAUUGCCAUCAAUAUCAACGUCAUCCAAAAUCUAUUUACAUUCAAGGCAUGCUAGUCUACCAAAUCCAAAUACAUGUAGUAAUACUGUUAUCAUUGCUGAUGGUAUUAGCCGUCGUGAACAUAGUUAUGCUAACACUGGUGCUAAUCAUAGUCGACAAGAAAAUAUGCCAUUUCGUGUAAAUAAAAAGAUUCCAUCUGAUUAUUUAUGUAAGAUACAUCGUAAUCUUAGUAACUCUUCAGACAGAAAGAAUGCUGAUAUGCUAGAUAUGAUUACUGAGUAUUCACCGUAUUAUAAUUUAUCGACAAGUCCUCAGACUUUAACUCAAAUCCAGUAUACUGGUCUGUGCACUUCUCAGACAAUUACUUCAUCGCUACCCGGAGAAAAUCAAAAGUGUAUUCAUUCAUCUAGUGUUUCGUGUUUACCUACUGAUUUCACAUCCAAAUGUACAUCUUCUGCAAAUCAUCCCGUUUCAGGGGAUAAUAUAAAUCGUAUUUCAUAUUGCAGUUCAUAUUCAAAAGAAUCACCUAUUCAGACUGCUCGUAAUCAACCCUCACCAUCAGUAGCAUCAUCGUCUGUAACAAUAAGUAGUAAUAUUUCUCUUAGUACUACUAAUACUACUGUAACUGUUACUACUUCUCCCUCAAUAACAACAUCUACCACUACCACUGUUCCAUGUAGGAUAGGUAACUUAGGUUGUCAUAGCAAUUUUGAAAAGCCUGCAAGUAUGUUGCACUAUGCGACAUUAGAUUUUGGUAUCACCACUCCAGAAACAUCCCAUUACAGGAAUGAAAGUUAUCCCGAUAUGAAUACUGUUCGUUGGAAUAAUAAUAUUCACGACAUGGAUAAUACACAUACUGGUUCCAGUCGUAAUCAGAAAAGUUGCAGUAUGAACAACACUGUUACUAAUGCCAAUAAUAAUAAUAAUAGUCACAGUAAUCUCAAUGAUAGUUAUUCUUCACGUAUUUACGGAACUCUUACAGACACUUUACAUUCACAUUUAAUAGAAUCUCCUUGUCAUAAUCACUUUUCUGGACAUAUUGUAUCCAAUAAUAACAGUACAAAUUGUGAGGAUAUAAUUCGUGAUGAAACAGAUUCCGAUUUACCGUCAAAUUACGUUGCUAUCUGUCAAUUACAAACAUUAGCAAUGCGAGCUGUAUUAAGUGCAACCACAUAACUAUCUAGGAAAUCUUUAUUGUUAUACAAUUUUACUACUUAUUUAUCAAAACAAGUAGUUAAAAUGACGUCAGUACAAUUUUUGCAUCUUGUAUUGUAGUUUAUUAUUAUUUACUUAUUUUUCUCUCUCUACAAAAUAAUGCAUUUUAUAAUUUGUACACCAUGACAACAUUUAAUUGGAUUAGGUUUGGCUACCUUUUCUUUUUAUUCUUCUUUUCUUGAAUGUGAAUGUACAUUAAAAAAUUACUAUAUCUAAUUGUCAAUCUCUCAUUGAUCAAUCCUAUAUGAAACUGUUCAUUUUAAUUUUGUAUUAGGUAAAUUAUUUUAUAAGAAAAUAAUUCAUAGGUAAUGUUAGAUCUCAAUUUCUUAUUCUCUACUAUAAAAUUCAUCCAUCUAUCCAUAUAAUAAUAAUAAUAAUAAUAACCUUAUUGAGAAUUAUAAUUUUCCCAAUUAUGCUAGAAAUGUGUUUUUUUUUUUUUAAUAAUUAUCUGAUAGGUUACUUUUUCUUUCUCGUUUAUUUCUCAUUAUUUUUAUUUCAUUGCAUGCAUGUAUGCAUCUUUUACUACUUCUUGAAUAGAAGAUAAUAACUAGCUUAAUAUGUAUCUGAUUUGAUGCUUUUCUUUUCUUUUAUUCUUUCAAAUAAAAGAACAAAAUUUAUAGUCCCUUGUAGUUUAGUUAUUUAUUCUUUAUCUUUAUGAUAUUUUUUGAUUUAUUUUUUUUAUUGUCGCAACAAAACCCCCAAUUUUAUUAGAUCGAUUGUGCAUUUAUUUAAUAUUGAUUUUUUUUCUUUCAAUGAUGUAACAUUUCGGAUAUUAAUUUCCAAAGAUCUUUCCUUUUAUGGUUUUCUUCUACAAAUAUAUUAUGAGUUGAUAUAUUAAUUUAUUUAUUUAAACACAAACAUUGGUACAAGAAGGCAGUAAAUAGAUAUGCACCACAUAAAUCAUUCGAUUUGCUUGAGGGGCUGGGAUACUGCUCGGGUGGCCAAACAGAAGUAGAUGGUUUUCUUCGUAGGCGACACACGAAACCUUUGACCUAAAGGUAUAAUUCACAAAGCAGUUCAGCAACGUUAAGAGGUGCAGUUUCAUGGUAGCUGUUGACUAAUAAUAGGUCCAUACGUCAUUUGUUCCCCAUGAUCCUGCAGUCCAUAUAAACCAACUCCUCUAGGUGGACUCUCCUUGUUCACUGAAUUUGUCAACAGGAAUAAUGUGGGUAACUAUCUGAGAUUUUUAAUUAAAAUAGUCUUUAAAAAAAGCGUGAAUACUCGGUAUUUGUUUCCACUCUCAUCUGCUCCCAGUCCAGACGCUUAGAACGGUGGGCGGAACAUUUUAGAGAACAGUUCAGCUGGACUUCAGCUACUCUACACCUACCCACCAUUCCCAGACAGUGUGAAUGGAACAUUGAAGUAGGUCCUCGAACUCUAGCUGAAUUCAAAAGGCUAUAGUUAACCUGAAACGAGAAAGGACAGCUGGUCCAGACGGAUUGGCUCAAGAAGUCUUCAAAGAUGGUGGUCCAAUUUCAGCGAUUAGGUUGACUAAUAUUUUAGCUAAAAUCUGGGAGUUGGACGUAAUCCCUUCUGACUGGUCACAAUCACUUAUCG